ACGUUUCCAAAAUACGUAACUCAAAAUACCGUGGCCGAGCUCCUUUAAAUUGUAAUGUUUCUGUCCGCAACGGCAGAUUGAAGCUAGAAUGAACAAGAUCUCUACUGAUCGUCCAGAGACGUUCAUUGAAGCUGUUCAAUUGCUGUUCUCGUUCCACUGCUGCCUGCACCUGUCAGGGGAACCCACGUCUAUCGGGCGACUUGAUCAGCUCCUGGAGCCAUUCCUCAAGGGGACCCCUACUGAGGAGGCCCAGGAAAUCAUUGACUGCCUCUUUGUCAAGCUGUGUGAACACGUGCAUCUCAACUCGCGGCUUUUGAAUGAUCUGGGUGCUUGGGGAAUGACCGCUGUGGUGUAUUGCAGCACGGGAAUGUUUCCUAAUGGUGAUACUAUCAACCAGUGGGUUCAGCAGAUCACUGUGGGCGGAUACAAGGCAAACGAUGCAGAGGUUCCACAAGAUGCCUGCAACGCCAUCACUAUCAUGUGCUUGAAGGCCUCACGCAGGCUUCCGCUUAAUGCUCCAUGUUUGUCCCUGCGAAUGCAUAAGAAUAUGCCCCAAGAGGUUCUUCAGGAGGCCGCUAAGACUGUUCUCAGCGGAGGGGCCCAUCCGGUCCUUCCCCAUGAUGACCACCUUGUACAGGGCAUUACUGAAGCCGGAACGCCGGACCUCCCAGUGAGUCUGAAAACCGCGCGAAACUACGCCUGUGACGGGUGCUAUGAACCUAUCAUUCCCGGCGAGACAGACUUCUCAUUGGCUUAUGUGGCUCUGUUGCAAGUGCUUGAGAUGUCAAUCAACCAUGGGUCUACAUUUUCUCUCGCUGGGGCUGGAUUCUUGGAGGGGGUCCCGCAGUCUCUGCCUACACCUCAUCCUGAGGAAAUCGUCAGCUUUGAACAGCUCAAAGAGCUCUUUGCUCUUCAUCUCCGUGUGCGGACAGAAUACAGUAUUUUCCUUCUGCUCCUCAACUAUGGCAACAUUGUCGAGUAUUGCCCCAGUCCUCUGCUCUCUUCCCUCAUCCGUGGCUGCCUGGAAACUAAGCGGGAUAUUUAUGACGGCGGUGCCAACUACACUUUGAUUGGUGUCCAGUUCAUCUCGUUCGCCAACACCGUGGACGCUCUGUACGCCAUCAAACGGCUUUGUUUUGAUCACGACUCGGCCAUUAUUUCCUUGGCCGAGCUUGUCCGCUGUCUCAAGUGUGACUGGGGAUACAACAUGCAAGAGCCCUUCCAUGACGAAAUCGCAGGAACCACGCGUGGUCAGCGGCUGUCUGACACGUACAAGGAAGUACGCGAAAGGGCGCUGAGCCUGCCGAAGUUUGGAACUAGCGCAGGUGCAGAAAACAAAGACAUUCAAAAUAUCACCAGUUGGUUAGCUGAGCAAGUUUCAACGGUCACCAAGAAAGUGGUCCGCGAUGCUCCAGAUGGACAACCGCUGAAGGGACUGAUUGACGGCUUGAAGAAGAAGUACUCGGUUCCCGGAGCACCAUGGGACGUGCUUCUGCCUGCAGGAUCCGGGACAUUUGAAGGAUACGUUGGUUGGGGAGGAGGAUGCGCGGCAUCCGCUGAUGGUCGACGCGCAUGCUCACCAAUUGCUUCUGACUUCGGAGCCGCUCCAACUCCAUUGGAUAAACCUGCCACACCUCAGAGCUUCGAUAUCUACAAGUCUCUUAAAAACUGGGAUAUGCGCUCGAUCAACGUUGGCUUCUCCAACGGUGCGGAGCUUGGUUUGAAGAUUGACGAAAACUUCAAAGAAAGUGACAUGGUGACAUUUUUGAAGAAUUAUGCUGACCACAACGGCGUUGGAGGGAAUAUCUUGACAAUCACCUGCGCCAACCCUGACACCCUUGCUAAAGCUCAGCGGAAUCCCGAGCAGUAUGAUCUCAUCCGAGUACGCACAGGGGGCUGGAGCGAGUUUUACAUUGCUUUCUUCACCGCCCAUCAGAAACAUCAGGAGAGGAGAAUUUACUACCACACCACAUGAAGUACAGAACUCUCGGUUCUUAGGUUCAUGGGUUGCGUCAGACUAUAGUUCACGUCGAUGAGAAAUGUAUUCUGUGUGAUGCAAAAGACAAAAUAAACACAGUCACAAUCUACUGUGUUCUCCAGCUAUUUUUUUAUAUCCCAGGGGUAUAGGCCUCGGGGGAAGGGGUAGAAUUCUCGAGAAUUGAUGGCUGCAGUGUGAUGCCUUAUUCUAAGAAAUAUUCGCGAUACCGGCGGACCUGUUAAGGGCUUUCUGAAUACGGGAUACUUAGAUGGAUAUUUAGCUAAAAAAUUAAGGAAUAUUUAGAACCCUAUAUCCCGCGAUAUCGAGUGGCAAAAUUGUUGAUUUUGAAACUGGAAUUAACGGAAUACGAGAUGACUUAGGCUCAAUUACCAGCCGCUGUUCGGGAAAGGAGCCCGCGCUCCUCUCCUGAAGCUCCUCCCUUCUCAAGGAGUAAAAGAUCCCGGACUCGAGAGAUUGAGCCUAGGGAUAUGAGGGCCAAACAAUAGUUAUGGAAUACUCGGACCCCCUAAGAG